AUGCAGGACAGAGAAAUUUACCAAAAGUACUCGUUUAAUAGUAUCAACAACCAAAAUAAUAAUCAAUACGAUUUAUUGGCUUCAUUGGAAGAUGAAAAUUUAAAUAGUCAAACUUUCAAUAACAGUUUCACCAAUUUCUACACAAUGAUGUCAAAUUUUAAUAAAACUGACAGUUCGUCUUCUGACCCUGAUGAUCUACUUCUACAGAAGACAGAGUCCAAGCCUCCUGAAGAAUCUGUACAAGUCCAUUUUAAUACUUUUACCCAACAAAGCUAUACACCAUUGAGCCAAAUCACUAAAUUUGACUCUUCAGCUGAUGUGUACAGUAGGUUAUUGGAUGAUAGUGACUUUAUAUCUGAUGAGUAUUUCUUGACGAGAAGAUACACAGAAGGCUCUGUGCCAAUGUUGCCUUAUUUCUCAAAAAGAAGAGAAUCUGACCCAACGGCUUUUGAAAGCUCUUCUCAAUUAACUCCAUCAGCACACCCUAAAGUUUCAAAUUAUACAACCACAAAGCAUCAACACAGGCAGUUUGCCGCAGCUAUCACUCCAACUAUGAAAGUUGCUCGAGUAAUCAAUAAUACCAAUCUGAAUACACCAAAAAGCAAUCUUACCUCUCUGAAUACUCCUUUUCUUUCUCCUUCUCUAAAAAAGUUAUCCUCUAAAAAAUCUAAUUCUUCCAAAGUGAAAAAGAACACUUCGUACUUCCCAAUCUCUCCACCCUCUGAGGUGUCUUCAUUGCCAACAAAAGGGAGGUACACUGCAUCUACACAACAAAAUGAAAAGAAGUCUAUCCAAGAUUUAGAAAUUUCUCCAAGCACUGACAAGGUCAAGUACUGUUGCAAAGUUUGUAGUAAAAGGUUUAAGAGACCAUCUUCACUGAGUACACAUAUGAACAUCCACACUGGCUACAAGCCUUACCAGUGUCCAUUUAGUAAUUGUCAAAAAUCAUUCAAUGCUAAAUCAAACAUGUUGAGGCAUUACAAGCUUCACUUCAAAUUAAGUUCUGGUGUCUAUGUGUUACCAAGCGGUGAAAUAACCCUUCAAAAACCAACUUCAAAACAACUAUUUCCCCAUAGCCAGGCUAAUGACAACUCAAACAUCUGCGCUGGAGAUACCCUUGAAAGUAACUUCUCCAUUAAUGAUACCCAAAUACCUACUGCUAUAUCAGGUGAACGACUCGAGUAA